GUCAAGACUGUCCUAGAACUGAAACAAUGAUUCAGGGAGAUGUUACCUCAAAUUCUGCCAGCUGUACAUGUGAACACCAGUGCUGUAAGUCAAAGAGAAAUGAAGUGUCUGGUAGAGUUAGUCCCAGUCUUAUUCAGAUCAAAGCUGAAUCAGAAGAUGAGGUUAAGAGAAGAAUUGAAGCUUUCAUGAAGAGCAAAAGAAAUGAAGUCGAUGAAAGAAAUAUACGAGAAUUCAUUUCUCCAUUUUCCUUAGAUUCUGAAAAUAGCUGUGCUCGGGUUGAAGCUGUCUAUGUUCACAGAGAAGGAGGGAAGAGUCACAUAGCCUUGAAAAAAGUAGAAAAUCUGCAGGGUCCCCAGACUCAGUGUCAUGCUGACAGUGAAGGAACCAAGAGGUCCCACCAGCUUCCAGUCAGCGUACAGAGAGCAGAGGCGGUGGAGGAGAGACUGGCUAAUAUGGAGACACAUUUAUGCCUGACAAGUGCAGAUCACAUGGAUGUGUUCAGCAGAAUAAAGGCUCUGGAGAGUAGGAUAAGCUUUUUGGAGGGUAUAAGCCCUGAAUAUUUCAACAAUGUGAAGCCUUCACAGUUAGCAAAGAAACAAGGGCAUAUCAAAGAAGAAACACAAGACAAAUCACACAAUGCAUCAGAGCCUGAGAGUCUGUCCGACAUCAAUAAAAGGAUUCGGUUCCUCAAGGAAGUUUUGAGGCAAAAGGCAAAGUGAAACAAGCAAGGAACAUGCUGUCAAGUAAAGCUGGCUGUAGCAAUAAGGCAUACAAUACAAACCUUGGACUUGGAGAGCAUCACUGGAGUCUCCCGUUGAACUCGGUGCGGAGGAGUUGUUUGGUGAGCUAUCUCUGGACGAGACGUACCAACACGUACUCGUAGUGCUGGCCGAGUCAUACUGGCUGUCAGGAGCAUUGCAUUCCGAGCAGAAUCUGGGACUUCCCUUUGGACCGCGAGGCCAGCCGUCAUCGUCAGGACUCUUCAUGUAACUCCGGAAUGCACCCCCAUGAUGAAGGGGUCGCUCUCGCUUCCAAACUGAGUUGUCUGGCUCUAUCGCCAUGAUCUGUGGUAAUAAAAAUGAGAAGAAUGAACA